ACCCAUCACACAGAUAUUCGUUGGAAAUAAGAAAAGAAAAAAAAAGUAAACUUGGAGGAAACAAAGGCGCAAACUUUUUGGUCCCAAGAUCGAGACAAGAUCAUCUGGGCGAUCGAUCAUUGUCCGAAAGGUUGAAACUUUUGUGUAGACAGAACACGAUUAGGUGUCGUUUUGGAUCGUGUGGGGGUCUUUUGAAUGGCGCAGGGAAGCAUGGACCCUGCCGUUCUCGACGACAUCAUUCGUCGUCUGUUGGAUUACAGAAACCCAAAGCCUGGAACCAAACAGGUCAUGCUCAACGAGUCUGAGAUCCGACAGCUUUGCAUCGUCUCCAAAGAGAUUUUCCUUCAGCAGCCUAACCUCCUUGAGCUCGAAGCUCCCAUCAAGAUCUGCGGUGAUAUUCACGGACAGUACUCAGAUCUACUGAGGCUGUUCGAGUACGGAGGCUUCCCUCCCACAGCUAACUAUCUGUUCCUAGGAGACUACGUGGACCGCGGGAAGCAGAGCUUGGAGACGAUCUGUCUCCUCCUCGCCUACAAAAUCAAAUACCCUGAGAACUUCUUCCUCCUAAGAGGAAACCACGAGUGCGCUUCCAUCAACAGAAUCUACGGAUUCUACGACGAAUGCAAACGUCGCUUCAGCGUGAGGCUCUGGAAAGUGUUUACAGAUUCUUUCAACUGCCUCCCGGUGGCCGCAGUAAUAGACGAUAAGAUUCUAUGUAUGCACGGUGGACUUUCUCCCGAUUUGACCAACGUGGAACAGAUUAAGACCAUCAAGCGACCUACCGAUGUUCCGGACACCGGUUUGCUAUGUGAUCUGCUUUGGUCUGAUCCGAGCAAAGAUGUCAAAGGUUGGGGUAUGAACGACCGUGGUGUCUCUUACACGUUUGGGCCUGACAAAGUUGCUGAGUUUCUGAUCAAGAACGAUAUGGAUCUCAUCUGUCGUGCCCACCAGGUUGUAGAGGAUGGGUAUGAGUUUUUUGCGGAUAGACAGCUUGUUACUAUAUUCUCAGCUCCCAACUACUGUGGUGAGUUUGACAAUGCUGGUGCGAUGAUGAGUGUUGAUGAGAGUUUAAUGUGCUCUUUCCAAAUUCUUAAGCCUGCGGAUCGGAGGCCCCGGUUCUUAUGAUCAAAAGAGUUAGAACCUGGCGGGAGAGACAUUUGAAGCUCCCUGAGGCUUUGUCCAGAGGCAAAAAAAAAACAGUUUAUAUGUUAAAUUAUCAUCAUCUUAUUUGAACUCUUACCAUUUCUCUUCUUAAACCUUUUAUGUUCUUCUCCGACUCAUUAUUAGACAGUGACAAAAUAAUGUCUUGCAAAUUUUUA